ACGCACAAUGCACCCAUCCCUAAACCAGUUCGAGUUUCCCCAAUUUGACAGCCAAAUUGUGUUAAUUUCAUCUGGAAAAGCAGAAAAUCUGGGAAGUGAUAACAAAAAUGUCGCAGCGCUAAGGUGAAACCCAGCACCUGUCCGCCCAAAAGGGGAAGCCAGCAGCGGAUAGCGCCGAAAAGUUUUCGAACACAGCCUGCGGAGCCUGUGAAUCACUAGCAGAUAAAGACAUUGGAUUGGCCCGAGGAGCGCCCGCUGGAGGAGCAGCCACCAUAGCAGGCCCAUCGAUCGCCCCCCAUCCGCUCCAGCUCCAGGUGGAGGUGACCCCGACGCCCCGCGACACGCGCGCCCUUGCGGAAGUGGUGGCCCACAUAAAUAGCAUGGGAAACGACGACCAUCGACGGCGGAAGACUCCUUGCGGAUUUUGCAUGGCGGUCUUCAAGUGGAUCCCGGUGCUGUUCAUCACCGCGGUGAUAGCCUGGUCCUACUACGCCUACGUGGUGGAGCUGUGUAUCCGCAACUCGCAGAACACCAUUGGCAUGAUCUUCAUGCUGCUCUUCUACCACCUCUUCCUCACCCUGUUCAUGUGGUCCUACUGGCGCACCAUAAUGACCUCCGUGGGCCGAAUACCGGAUCAGUGGCGGAUACCGGACGAGGAAGUGACGCGACUAUUCCGGGCCGACAGCCCGGACACCCAGAAACGCAUUCUCAACAACUUUGCACGAGACUUGCCAGUCACUAAUCGCACAAUGAACGGCUCCGUGCGCUUCUGCGAAAAGUGCAAGAUCAUCAAGCCGGACCGGGCGCACCACUGCAGCGUGUGCAGUUGCUGCGUGCUGAAGAUGGACCACCACUGCCCCUGGGUGAACAACUGCGUCAACUUCUACAACUACAAGUACUUCGUGCUGUUCCUGGGCUACGCACUCGUCUACUGCCUGUAUGUGGCCUUCACCUCGCUGCACGACUUUGUCGACUUCUGGAAGGUAGGUGCCUACGAUAAUAAUGGUUACUCGGCACAGGGACAACUGAACGCCAGCGGAAUGGGACGCUUCCACAUCUUGUUCCUGUUCUUUAUUGCCAUCAUGUUUGCCAUUAGUUUGGUGAGUUUGUUUGGCUACCACAUUUACCUGGUGCUCAUGAAUCGCACGACACUCGAGUCAUUUAGGGCGCCCAUCUUCAGAGUGGGCGGCCCGGAUAAGAACGGCUACAACUUGGGUCGCUAUGCCAACUUCUGCGAGGUCUUCGGCGACGACUGGCAGUACUGGCUCCUGCCCGUCUUCUCCAGCUUCGGCGAUGGCAAAACAUUCCCCAUCCGACAUGUGGAGGAGGACACCGAAUCCUUACUCGGAUAUCACAGCGACACGCGCAUCGAGCUGGAGGAGGACUUUCUGCCGGAGCCGCGGUUCCAGGACUCGAUUCCGUAGCUAAUCAUGACCAGCGACAAUGUGGCGACAUAUUACAUUUAGAGAUUCAGAUGCGGGGGCUUUAGACUCUCUUUUCGACUUUCAUUUCCAGUGUGUAAAUAACAGAAAGACAGUCCAUCCUAUAGGGACAACUAGGUCAAUAUUUUUAAGUUAUCAAGGAUGGACAUUGUAAAUUAGCAGAGAUGCUGGGAGAUCGGAAUCUAAAUUCUUGCUUUGACAUUCGCGUUGGACAUUUUAAAACGUAUUAAUUUAGUGUGUAAGUGCAAAGCUAUUAGAAGUUUCGAACAAAAGUUGAUGUCUAUAUCGGAAUACAGCUAGUUAUGCAGCAACAAAGUACGGAAUAUAGGUUAAAUAUAGUUAAACGCAUAGUGGGAAAACAAUAAAAUCAAAAACGAAACUUUAAGCAACACAUAUGGAUCUGUAUAUUUACAAAAAUAAAAUUCCAACUAUUCCAUUCAA